UAUGUAGUAGUGUUGCGUCAAUCUGAGCGUCGCCCAAACACACAGCUAGAAACACCCGCCUUAAUUAGCUAAGCUUGUUACCCUUUAUAUAUAACGUACGUACGUACGUACGUAAGUGAUUGAUUGACCGUUAAUUAGCUACGAUGGGUUACAAUCAUACCGGAGAUUUCAGCUUCCCGGAUUCCUUCAACAGCCGCCGCCCCCGCCCACUCUCUCCCUCCGCCCUCACAUUCACCCACCAUCUCGGGGCUAUGGCGACGACGAGCGAGCAAAACAGGAGAGAGCAGUUCAGCAGCCAGCAGCAAGUGGUGGUGAGUUCGAGGUGGAACCCGACGCCGGAGCAGCUGCAGACGCUGGAGGAGCUGUACCGCCGGGGAACGAGGACGCCGUCGGCGGAUCAGAUCCAGCAAAUCACCGCCCAGCUCCGCAGGUACGGCAGGAUUGAAGGGAAGAACGUGUUUUACUGGUUCCAGAACCACAAAGCGCGGGAACGCCAGAAGCGCCGCCGUCAGCUGGAGUCCGCCGAAGCCGGCCGUACUCUUAAUUGCAUGGCCAACUCUGCGGGGACAAAGGAAUCAGCUGCUGCUGCUGCUGGGCCAAAUAUGAGGACAAGGUUUGAAGUGGGGGAUACACAACAGACCAAAAACUGGUCACCAUCCCAUACAACACUUACUCCAGAGAAAAGCAGGUCAGUAAAAAUGGGAACAAAGAUAGUGAAUGGUAGAGCGACAGGACUGGUAGAGAUGGAGGGUGGAAACGAAAAGGUGCAAAAGAGGAAGCAAGAGCAAAAUGACACGUGGCGUCAUCAGAUGUCAGCACCACCUCCCCAUCAGCACCACCGCCAGUUUAUCCCAGCGGCAACCAACAUCUCCACUGCGGCCUCCUCUUCCUCCUCCUCCUCCACUUCAUCCACCGCAAAGCUGCUCCUCAAUCAGACUCUCAACUUCUUCUCGGACCCACCAGAAGCGAAAUCCAUAGUCGAUAGUGGGUUCCAAACCCUUCAGCUCUUCCCUCUUCGAGACGGAGACCAAAACGGAAACGGCAUGGACCCCGCAUUCAUGGCGGCAGCCUCCAUGGACAGCGAGUCCCAUGUGGUCAACGCUCCCCAUCAUUACCAAUUCUUUGAGUUUCUGCCUCUCAAGAAUUACUGAAGCCAUUUAUAUUAUUAUAUUAAUUAUUACAGUAUAAUAUUUCAGUGUUUCGUUAUUUUGUAAGUGAAUAAUUAAAUUAAAGAUUUAAAGGUAAGGUAGGGGGUUCUUAUUUGGUGUAUUAAUUAGUUUCAUUAAUCAAUGGUGUUUAAUUUAAUGGUGAGAGAGAUGUUUGUUUGUUCAGAGAUAAAGUUGGAUGAGAGUCCCCAUGAGGAAUUUGAU